AUGUUUGUGUUCUUAGGUGAGACCGAACGAUGGAAUCGGCUGGCGACGGUGGUCAUCAGCUCACUCUUUGACUGGGGUGAACGCCUCCCGCAAGAGGGUGGCGAGAAGAAAGAAGUGACUGUUACGGCGAGUAGACAAGAUGUAGCAGGAACGAUUUAUAACGCCUAUCCGGAUGGGCAAAAUGGUCAACAGCCCUGCAAGAAGGUGAACAUGUGA